AUGUCUAAGGACGAGAGACUAGCUGAAGGUUAUUCUACACAAAGACCUCCACUCUUCAAUGGGAAGUACUACGCCUAUUGGAAGACGAGGAUGGAGAUGUUCAUACAAUCCGAGAAUUAUCAAGUCUGGCGAGCUAUCGAAGUAGGAGAUUAUGAGGUAACAAAGACAAAUGCAGAAAAUGAGGUAAUUCCUAAACCUAUCUCUGAAUAUGAUAGAAGCGACUUUGAGAAGAAAGAGAUUAAUGCUACUGCUAAAAAACUCCUAGUUUGGGGUUUAGGACCAGAUGAACACACUCGUGUUAUGGGAUGUAAAACAACAAAAGAAAUAUGGGAUUUACUAGAAAUAACCCACGAAGGAACUCAUGAAUUCAAACGUUCUAAAAUUGAUAUACUGCUUUCUAAAUAUGAACGUUUUGAAAUGGGUUCAAAAGAAACUAUUCAAGAAAUGUUUACUCGUUUUAAAAAUAUUACUAAUGAAUUAGUUUCUCUUGGUUCCUUGAUAACUCAUGAGCUUCACCUAUCAAACAAAAGUCAAGAAAGCUCAAAGAGCCGAGGAAUUGCUUUAAAAGUUGCCCAACCAAGUGAAGAGGAUUUCGAAUCUGGAGAGGAAGAAGCUGCUAUGCUAGUCAAGAAGCUAAAAAGGUUGUACCGCAACAAAAGGUUUGGUGACCAAAAGAAAAGGAACUUCAAGAAGAACCAAUAUUCCAAGGAAACAGGAGGAUGCCACAAAUGUGGGAACACAGACCACUUCAUCAAGGAAUUCCCUCUCUGGGAAUCAGAAAAAGGAAAAGGCAAAAUGAAGGAACACGGAAAAUCUUAUACUCCUAACUUUUCAAAAUCUGAUUACAGGAAAGCCAUGAUAGCUGCGUGGGGAGACACAAGUUCCGAGGAUGAAGAAGAAUCCACGGAAGAAGAGACGGCAAACCUAUGUUUGAUGGCUAAACACAGUGAGUCUGCUAAAAAGUCAGAGGAGGUAAAUCUGGAACCUAAAUUUCUGAAAUCCCUGUCAAAAGACAAAUUAAUUUCUUUGCUCAUAGAAACAUUGGAUGAAUAUAAAGAAAUAUGUCUUAAACUUGGACAAAAUGAAAAAGCUCUAGAAAUCUAUAAGGAUCAUAUGAAAUAUUUGAAUAGUUCAAGAACAGAUGUUCAGGGAAGAUUCUUUGAUUUGCUAGAUAGAAACACUAUGCUUAAAGAAACACUAGAAAGAGUAAAAAAUGAAAAUAUCAUGUUAAAUGUUGAAUUGACUCAGUAUAAAUUGUUAUGCACUAACAUUGAUUCUAAUAGUGCUCUUCAAUUGCCUUUAGUAACCUUUAAUGAUGAUCUUGAAAAUUUGAAAAAAGAAUUGCAGGUUACUAAACACAAAAAUGAAUCCCUUGAAAAGGAUUUAGAAAGAGCUAGAAACAACAAAAGUGCAAUCCACAUGGGAGUUCCAAAGUGGAUAUCCGAAGCUCAAACCAGAAGGACAGAGGGUUUGGGUUUCAACCACAAAAAGAAGAAUAGUGGUAAAAAGAAAAAGUACGUGGAACUCCCUAGUGAGACUGUGUGUUCCUUCUGUGGCAAGUCAGGACACAAAGAUACUGAAUGCAAAAGAAAGGAACUUAAGUCCACUAAAAAUAUAGCUUAUGCAUGGCAAAAGAAAAAUGAGUCUGCUGUAUCAACGAAGGAACCCAUGAAAGACGGGGUUCCUGAAUCUAACCCUUAG